GAGGCAGAGACUAAAACCUCGCCGAUCUUGUCUGCUGGUGGGGGGGCAGAGACUAAAACCUCGCCGAUCUUGUCUGCUGUUAUUGUGAACUGCUUAUAUUCGGAGUCCAUGAAACCGCAACACACGUUUUGCACAUAACGGAACCUUAUUGAUGGCAAGAAGACAACACGCACCCAGAUGAGUGAACUCUCAAUAAACGAGUCAUCUAUUGAGCUAUCAAUCUCCUCUACAUUAUUUUUUUUUUGUGUGUGUGUUUUUCUGUCACAAUGGUUGUGUUUUGAGAGGCCGUGUUUGCCAGACCUAGAGGAAUAAAACGACACGCUCCAUUCGGAUGGUCGCUCCUGUCCUCCGCAUAGCUGUCUUGGUCGCCCUGGUUGGAUCCAGCUAGAGUCGGUGGACAUUCGCUUCGUCUUUUCCUUCAAUAAAAACAAAUCAAUAAAAAAACGUUCCCACGGCAGGUGUGGUGUCCACCCAAGGUUGAAGAUGGCGGACCUCGAAGCAGUUCUCGCCGAUGUCAGCUAUUUGAUGGCGAUGGAGAAGAGCAAAUCUACUCCAGCGGCCCGGGCGAGCAAGAAAAUCAUACUGCCUGAACCCAGUAUUCGCAGUGUGAUGCAGAAGUACCUAGAGGAGAGAGAUGAGCUGACGUUCGACAAAAUCUUCAACCAGAAGAUUGGUUUUCUGCUGUUCAAAGAUUUCUGUUUGACUGAAAUCGACGAGGCCGUGCCGCAGCUCAAGUUCUACGAAGAGAUUAAGGACUACGAGAAGUUGGACUCUGAAGAGGAGAGGCUGUGCCGUAGCAGACAGAUCUAUGACGGCUACAUCAUGAAGGAGCUCCUCUCCUGCUCACAUGCCUUCUCUAAGAAAGCAGUGGAUCACGUUCAGACUCACCUGGCCAAGAAGCAGGUGCCUCCCUCUCUCUUCCAGCCGUACAUCGUGGAGAUCUGUGACAGCCUGCGAGGGAUGAUCUUCCAGAAGUUCAUAGAGAGUGACAAGUUCACUCGUUUCUGCCAGUGGAAGAAUGUGGAGCUGAACAUCCAUUUGUCGAUGAAUGACUUCAGUGUCCACCGCAUCAUCGGCGGGGGGUUCGGGGAGGUGUACGGCUGCAGGAAGGCUGACACUGGCAAGAUGUAUGCCAUGAAGUGUUUGGAUAAGAAGAGGAUCAAGAUGAAGCAGGGGGAGACUCUGGCUCUGAAUGAGAGAAUUAUGCUGUCACUUGUCAGCACAGGGGACUGUCCGUUCAUAGUGUGCAUGACGUACGCCUUCCACACACCAGACAAACUCUGCUUCAUCCUGGACCUGAUGAACGGAGGGGACCUGCACUACCACCUGUCUCAGCACGGUGUGUUCAGUGAGAAGGAGAUGCGUUUCUACGCAGCAGAGAUCAUCCUGGGACUAGAACACAUGCACAACCGCUUCGUCGUCUACAGAGACCUCAAGCCUGCUAACAUCCUAUUGGAUGAGCAUGGUCACGUGCGUAUCUCAGACCUGGGUCUGGCCUGCGACUUCUCCAAGAAGAAGCCUCACGCCAGUGUUGGUACCCAUGGGUACAUGGCCCCGGAGGUGCUUCAGAAGGGGACGGCGUACGACAGCAGCGCUGACUGGUUCUCACUGGGCUGCAUGCUCUUCAAACUCCUCCGAGGGCACAGUCCCUUCAGACAGCACAAGACCAAAGACAAACACGAGAUUGACCGCAUGACGCUCACUAUGAACGUGGAGUUGCCAGACUCGUUCUCUGUGGAGCUGAAGGGUCUGUUGGAGGGUCUGCUGCAGAGGGACGUGGCCAAGAGACUGGGCUGCUUGGGACGAGGCGCCCCAGAGGUGAAGGAGCAUCUGUUCUUCAAAGGCAUCGACUGGCAGCAAGUGUAUCUUCAGAAGUAUUCUCCCCCUCUCAUCCCUCCAAGAGGAGAGGUAAACGCAUCAGAUGCAUUUGACAUUGGCUCCUUUGACGAAGAGGACACCAAGGGUAUCAAGUUGUUGGACAGUGACCAGGAAUUGUACAAGAACUUCCCUCUGGUCAUCUCAGAGCGCUGGCAGCAGGAGGUGGCUGAGACUGUGUACGAGGCGGUCAACUCCGACACGGACAAGAACGAGGCCCGCAAGAGGACCAAGAACAAACAGCUGGGCCACGAGGAGGACUAUGCCCUGGGCAAAGACUGUAUAAUGCAUGGCUACAUGUUGAAGCUGGGGAACCCGUUCCUGACGCAGUGGCAGCGCCGAUACUUCUACCUGUUCCCCAACCGAGUGGAGUGGAGGGGAGAGGGGGAGUCACGGCAAAACCUGCUGACGAUGGAGCAGAUCGUGACGGUGGAGGAGACGCAGAUUAAAGAUAAGAAGUGCAUCCUGCUGCGCAUCAAAGGGGGGAAGCAGUUUGUCCUGCAGUGUGAGAGUGACCCAGAGUUUGUCCAGUGGAAGAAAGAGCUGACCGAUGCGUUUACUGAGGCUCAGAAGCUGCUGCGUCGCGCCCCUAAGGUCAUCGGGAAGGGUCGGGCUGGGGUGGUGGAGUUCUCCAAACCUCCUCUCACACACCGCAACAGCAACGGCCUGUAGGCCACACACACACACCUACACACACCACAUCCUAUAACCUCAUCCCCUAUGAACCCGCCCGCCACAGCCCCAAGUCCUAGACACACACGCGCACAAACACACACACACCUACACACACACCUACACACACCACAUCCUAUAACCUCAUCCCCUAUGAACCCACCCGCCACAGCCCCAAGUCCUAGACA